CAACUGAAAAGCUUUACGGGAUGUUUUUUGUGGUGAACCUACCAAGUUGGUUUUCGGCUUGUUUACAAAAUUCAAAUCCGUGGCCGACGUUUGUUUCAUUUCAUAAAAAGUACUCUCGACAAAUAUUUGAAAAUGUUUUACCACAUAUCCCUGGAGCACGACAUCCUCCUCCAUCCGAGGUAUUUCGGCCCUCAUUUAUACGACUUCGUCAAGCAGAAGUUGUACAAAGAAGUGGAAGGGACUUGCACGGGAAAGUACGGUUUUGUAAUAGCGGUCACAAACAUUGACAACAUAGGUGCGGGUCUGAUUCAACCUGGUCAGGGUUUCGUUGUCUAUCCUGUAAAGUAUAAAGCGAUUGUGUUCCGCCCGUUCAAGGGUGAAGUCGUCGACGCACUGGUGACCCAGGUCAACAAGGUUGGCAUUUUCGCUGAAAUCGGACCCCUUUCCUGCUUCAUAUCUCAUCAUUCCAUACCAGCAGACAUGGAAUAUUAUCCGAAUGAAACCCCUGCCUGUUAUAAAUCAAAAGAUGAGGAAAUAACGAUAGCGGUUGAAAAUGUGAUCAGGCUGAAAAUUGUUGGUACCAGGGUGGAUGCUUCCGGAAUUUUUGCAAUCGGUACAUUAAUGGAUGACUACUUAGGUCUUAUAAGCGAUUGAGCUGGAAUAUUUUUAUUUUAUUUU